AUGGAUUUCUUCUGCUGUCUUUGUGAUGAUGACCACGCGGCGUCUCUUUCGCCCUAUCGCACUGAUGGCAUCGUCACAGAAAAGCCAUCCCUUCAUCCUCCCAUCCGCUACACCAUCGAAGAAACUGCCGAGAACUUUAUCGAAAUUCUCCUUUGUGCAGAAAAAUCCGGAGCGCUCCUUUCCUCACAACUCGAGGACGCCGUCUUUGCGACUGGAUGGUCGGAAUGGCUAGCGCAAAAUAUCCUGAAGAAGUUGGAGGGGGCGUUGAGAGAUGGACACGAAAAGAUGGGCCCAGCUAUGAUUGAAGCAUAUGACCAAGCUUCCAAAGCUGCGGAGAUUACGUUCCCCGAUCUGUUCGAAUACGUCAAAGAGCAUCCUGUCGAGAUCGCAGCCACUGUGCUUUUGUCCCUGUUUGCCUUUGGUGUGCUUGUGAGGUUGGCGCCGUUGGUGCUAGAACUUCUAGGCUUUGGUGAGCUGGGGCCAACUGCGGGUUCUUUUGCUGCAUUGUGGCAGUCCACUUAUCGUGGACAUGUCGCUGAAGAGACUCUUUUCUCCUUCUUCCAGAGACUAGGUAUGACUUGGAGGAAGGUUUAA